AUGGCUACCGACGGCGUUAUGGAGCGCGAACGUGCGUUGAACACAUUCAGGGAAAAGUUAUUGGAGUCUAGAGAAUGGGAGGCAAAGCUCAAGGCUUUACGGUUAGAAAUUAAGGGAUUGCAGAAGGACUUUGACCAUACAGAGGACAAUAUCAAAGCCCUACAAAGUGUUGGACAAAUUAUCGGCGAGGUUUUGAAACAACUUGAUGAUGAGAGAUUCAUCGUCAAAGCAUCAUCUGGACCCAGAUACGUUGUCGGCUGCAGGUCGAAAGUUGAUAAGUUGAAGUUGAAGCAAGGAACCCGUGUAGCACUCGACAUGACUACUCUCACAAUUAUGCGAAUGUUACCUCGAGAAGUCGAUCCACUUGUUUAUAAUAUGUCUUUGGAAGAUCCAGGACAAGUGAGCUUCGGUGGAAUUGGUGGUUUGAAUGAGCAGAUUAGAGAAUUGCGAGAAGUUAUCGAACUGCCACUCAAAAAUCCGGAAUUGUUUUUGCGAGUUGGUAUCAAGCCUCCGAAGGGUGUUUUGUUAUAUGGACCUCCAGGAACUGGAAAGACUUUGUUAGCGAGAGCUGUUGCCAGCAGUUUGGAGACAAACUUUUUAAAGGUUGUCUCAUCUGCUAUCGUCGAUAAGUACAUUGGAGAGUCUGCGCGUUUGAUCAGAGAGAUGUUUGGUUAUGCAAAGGAACACGAGCCAUGUAUUAUCUUCAUGGAUGAAAUUGAUGCCAUUGGUGGACGUAGGUUUUCGGAGGGAACUUCGGCAGAUCGUGAAAUUCAGAGAACCUUGAUGGAACUGUUGAAUCAACUCGAUGGUUUCGAUUACUUGGGAAAGACAAAGAUUAUCAUGGCUACUAACCGUCCAGAUACCCUUGAUCCUGCGCUCCUUAGAGCUGGUCGUCUCGACAGGAAGAUCGAGAUCCCUCUGCCAAAUGAGGUCGGACGAUUGGAAAUUAUGAAGAUUCAUGCUUCCAGCGUUGUUAUUGAUGGCGAGGUCGACUUUGAAAGUGUGGUAAAGAUGAGUGAUGGUUUGAACGGUGCAGAUUUACGAAACGUUGUCACAGAAGCUGGUUUAUUUGCUAUCAAGGAUUACAGAGAUGCCGUCAACCAGGACGAUUUCAAUAAAGCUAAUGCUCCCCUGUUGAGCAUCCUCAAUAAUUGGUACAUGAACGAGGAAGAAGGUGGGAAAGAAGAAGAAACUGAAAAGUUUGAGGUCAAAAUUGACAAGAAAAGGCGUAUUGAUACGGGUUCCAAGAGUGAGACUAUUCGGGAUUGGGUUGGUCAGUCACCUAUUAGCAUGUUUGAGAUCCGCAGCAACAACCAAUUGGCCCCUGGAAUCUUCGGAUACAUUAAUUACUUGGUGGAGAAGGAUAGAAAGUACAUUCUUGACACACUUGUCAAUGGUCUUUCGCGCCUUGAAUACCGUGGUUACGAUUCUGCUGGUCUCGCCAUCGAUGGAGACAAGAAGAAUGAAGUCUUUGCAUUCAAGGAGGUCGGCAAAGUUGCAAAGUUGAAGGCUCUCAUCGAGCAGGAGAAGCCAGAUCUCACCAAGGUCUUCGAUUCCCACGCCGGUAUUGCACACACCAGAUGGGCUACUCACGGUCCUCCAUCUCGUCUUAAUUGCCAUCCUCACAGAUCUGACCCCUCCUGGCAAUUCUCGGUUGUACACAAUGGUAUCAUCACCAAUUACAAGGAGUUGAAGACUCUGUUGACAUCAAAGGGCUUCAAGUUUGAGACCGAGACCGACACAGAAUGCAUUGCCAAGCUUGCAAAAUACCUUUACGACCAACACCCAACAAUUGGUUUCACAGACUUGGCAAAGGCAGUUAUCAAGGAAUUGCAAGGUGCUUUUGGUCUUUUGAUGAAGUCAGUACACUACCCACAUGAGGUUAUUGCUGCACGUAAGGGUUCGCCCUUGGUUAUUGGUGUACGAACAGAGAAGCGCAUGAAGGUUGAUUUUGUUGACGUCGAGUACGCUGAGGAUGGACCAUUACCUGCCGAGAAAGCUUCACAAAACGCUGCAUUGAAGAAAUCCAGCGUUGGAAAUUUCCUCUCCGCUAGCAAUGCUCUUGCUCCAGCAGACAAGUCCUUGUUGCACAGAUCCCAAUCCCGUGCCUUCAUGACUGAUGAUGGAGCUCCAAUGCCAACCGAGUUUUUCCUUUCUUCAGAUCCUUCCGCUAUCGUCGAGCACACCAAGAAGGUCAUGUACCUUGAAGAUGAUGAUAUCGCUCACAUCCAUGAGGGUUCCUUGAACAUCCACAGACUCACCAAGGUUGAUGGCUCAUCCAAUGUCCGCACAAUUCAAACUCUUGAGUUGGAACUCCAAGAGAUCAUGAAGGGCAAAUUCGAUCAUUUCAUGCAAAAGGAGAUUUUCGAACAACCAGAAUCAGUCAUCAACACAAUGAGAGGACGCUUGGAUGUCGAGAACAAGACAGUCACACUCGGUGGUUUGAGAUCAUACAUCGCCACUAUCCGACGUUGCAGAAGAAUCAUAUUCAUCGCUUGCGGUACUAGUUAUCACUCCUGCAUGGCGGUUCGUGGUGCUUUCGAAGAGCUGACCGAAAUUCCAAUUGCCGUCGAGCUGGCCUCGGAUUUCCUCGAUAGACAAGCACCCGUCUUCCGUGAUGACACUUGUGUCUUCGUUUCUCAAUCUGGUGAGACUGCCGAUUCCUUGAUGGCUCUACGAUACUGCUUAGAGCGCGGUGCGUUGACCGUUGGUAUUGUCAAUGUUGUCGGUUCCUCCAUCUCCCUCCUCACCCACUGUGGUGUCCACGUCAACGCCGGUCCCGAAAUUGGUGUUGCUUCUACCAAGGCGUACACUUCUCAGUUCAUUGCUAUGAUCAUGUUUGCUCUGUCCUUGAGUGAAGAUCGUUCCUCGAAACAGAAGAGACGCGAGGCCAUUAUGGAUGGACUUGGAAAGAUUUCGGGACAAAUCAAGGAGGUCUUAGAGCUCGAUCAACCAAUCAAGGAGCUUUGUGCCAGAACCUUCAAGGAUCAAAAGAGUUUGUUGCUCUUGGGUAGAGGUAGCCAAUAUUCCACCGCUUUGGAGGGUGCCCUCAAGAUCAAGGAAAUUUCUUACCUUCAUUGCGAGGCUGUCAUGUCUGGUGAACUUAAGCACGGUGUUUUGGCAUUGGUUGAUGAGAAUUUGCCAAUCAUCAUGAUUCUUACUCGUGAUGAGAUUUUUGCUAAGUCUCUUAACGCUUAUCAACAAGUCAUUGCUCGUUCUGGCAAGCCGAUUGUUAUCUGCAACCCCGGAGAUGAGGAAUUCCAGACCAGUCAAGCCGAGAAGAUUGAGAUCCCAGCUACCAUUGACUGCUUGCAAGGUCUCCUCAACGUUCUCCCACUCCAACUUAUCUCCUACCACUUGGCUGUUGCCGGUGGUCUCAACGUCGAUUUCCCAAGAAACUUGGCCAAGUCAGUUACCGUCGAGUAA